AUGUUCGCAUUUUUAUUAUUUAUUGCAUUCACUACUGCAACCAACGUUAUUCCUGAUAUCGAACAAGAAUUAAAAGACGUUGGCCUUUACGAUUUGUUUUCAAAGAAAGAUUCAAACAGUGAAUUAGAUGAAAAUUCUAAUAACCAACCAGAUGAAAGCUCAAAUAAUAAACCAAAUGAAAGUUCUGAUAAUAAACCAAGUGAAAGUUCUGAUAAUAAACCAAGUGAAAGUUCUGAUAAUAAACCAAGUGAAAGUUCUGAUAAUAAACCAAGUGAAAGUUCAAACAAUAAACCAAAUGAAAGCUCAAACAAUAAACCAAAUGAAAGUUCUGAUAAUAAACCAAAUGAAAGCUCUGAUAAUAAACCAAAUGAAAGCUCUGAUAAUAAACCAAAUGAAAGCUCAAAUAAUAAACCAAAUGAAAGCUCAAAUAAUAAACCAAAUGAAAGCUCAAACAAUAAACCAGAUGAAAGCUCAAACAAUAAACCAAAUGAAAGUUCUGAUAAUAAACCAAAUGAAAGCUCAAAUAAUAAACCAGGAAGUAGUUCAGAUAAUUAUGAUAAUCUUGAUGCUGCAUCAAGUCCAUUCAUUGUUCUCUUUGCUAUUAUUGUGGUUAUCUUAUUCUAA